AUGGACAUAUCUCGAUUCCAGGACACGAACAGGUUUGGUGGCGUCUUCAGCACAUUUUUCCGAGCACCAUCGGAGCGACGGAGGGUGAGGCGGAGGAGGAGCGGCAAGAAGAAGUCUCGCGUCCUCUACUUUGGAAACUCGUCGUCCUCGUCGGUCAAUUCGGAUCUGGCUUACGGUACCGGGUAUAUUCGACGUAGGAGGAGCCGCGACUUCAGCCAACAGCACACUCCAACCCACGCGCCAGUCCAGCCUGCGACCUACGCGGCGGCGCAUCACUCCUCGCCCCAUGGACAGAACCCCCCCUACUACCAGCAGCAGCAGCAGCAGUCGCAGCCGCAACCACAGCCUUUCUUCAACGAGCCUCACCGCCCACUCCAUGCCGAGCCACAGUCCAUCAAUCUGGUAGGUGUCGCCGCCGCAGGGGCAGCGGCCGGCGUGGCCACGAGCGCGGCGCUGGGCUUGGCUGCCGACUACUACCAUCCCGAUGUCCAGAUCCCAUCUAAGCCGGCCACGCCCCAGCGACGGAAGACGGACGAUGAGAUCAUGGCAAUCGGCCGCCAGCUUUCCGAUCUUGCCAAGCGCCAGAACGAGGAGGACCUGAGGGCGCGAGGCGUAACUCGACCAUCACGGUUAGUAUCCGCCGCUGCCAAGAUUGAAGAGUAUCGCAAGUUGAGGAAGUCUAGAAAAAAUAACAUGAACCGCGGGCUGGUGUACUCCAAGCCUCACCGCGACUCCUCUGAUGAUGACUCGGACUGGGAAUCGGCUUCCGAUGACGAUUCGUCUGAGGACAGCGCUGAUUCCGAGAUGGCGUAUGGAACGGUUGUGUCGCAGGCCAUCCGCCCCUCAACUGCUGCCAUGGCUGGAGCGGCUGCUAUCGGUGCCGCGGGCGCUGCGGCAGCGUUUGGAAGACACUCGAACAACAACAACAGCCGUCCCGGACACGAUAACCGGAAUGUUGUCGACCCAUCGUUAUUUGGACCCUACAACUCGCUUCGUGGGAUGAUUAACACACCCUGCGGUUUUGGAGAUGAGCGGAACGGAGCAGCCCAGCAUAAGGGACCUAAUCCUCUGAAGCGCUCCUCGACAGAACCAUUGGGGCCUAUGCAUAAUGUUUACCCGAUCCCAACCUCUGAUCCAACUAGGUUUAACGCUGGUCGGGAUACUCGCUAUGAGAAUACGCGCCCUGCACCUGUUCCGCUGCAGCACCCCGCCCCGAGGACCCCUGUGCCUGACAAGGUCUUUAGGGCAGAUAAGAUCGAGGACGUCAGUCGCAAGGAGUCUGCACGCGAUCGUUCCGACUCUUCCCCGGGUUUCGGAAAGAUGGCUGCCGGUGCUGCGGCUGCUGGCGUUGCCGCCGCGGUGAUUGGCGGAGUGUUGGCUAAGGACAAGAGCAAGGACGACCACGAGUCUCGAGACCACCGUAAUGGCGAUGACAAGGAUCGGGAGAAACGAUCCCGCCGAGCCGAUCGGGAAGACGAGAAGGAUACGGAGUCGCGGAAGUCGCGGCCUUCUUCCCAGUUCCGAGACGAGGUCGACAAGUACGCCAGGUAUGCCAAUGAAAGGGCCUCCAAGUCCAAUGGCGACAAGUCCUCCAAAUCUAGAGACGACAAGUACUCUCAGUAUUCCGAUGAAAGGGCCUCCAAGUACGACGAUGACAGAGGCUAUAAGUACGAUGAUGACAAGUCCUCCAAAUCAAGAGACAGCAAGUACUCUGGGUAUGCCGACGACAAGGUGUCCAAGUACGAUGAUGACAAGUACUCGAAAUAUAGUGACAGCAAGUCCUCGAAACGCGAUGAUAAGGUUUCUAAAUAUGAAGACGACAAAUACUCUAGAUCUAGAGACGACAAGCACUCCAAGUACGGAGAUGACAAGUACUCCAAAUACGAGGACGACAAGUACUCUAAAUAUAGAGAUGACAAGUACUCCAAGUACGGAGAUGACAGAUACUCCAAGUAUGGAGAGUCUUCGAAAUCAAAUGACUACGAGGAGCCUUCCAAUACUCGAGAUCUUCCCGCCCUGCAGAAGCUUCCCUACGAAUCCACUCCCACUGCCGACUCUUCCUCAAAGGCGCCAGUUGAUCCCUUUCAAUUCCAGGUUGACAGCUUCAUGACGCCUGCAGUGUCAGACCCCGCACGCCCUUUGACUCCCAUGGUGGUGACGGUCGAUCGGGAACCAGUGUUUGAUGACGAUUCACCGCCGUACACGCCACCGGGCGAUAGGAGGAUGAGCCGGAAAGACUCAUUCGAGCUUGAGCAGCAGUAUCAGACAAGGGCAGCUGACGAAUUCCCGAGUUUUGUCAGCCGUGUCGCUCCUGCUGUAGUGCCUGCCGCAGCAGCAGCAGUAGCCGCUGGUGCGAUUGUCGCGGCCUCGAAGUCUGACGAUGUUUCCCAAUCUACUGAGGCUUCACGCGAGCGUAAAAAAGAGAGCAGAAGUCGAAGUAGAAGUGAGCGGAAAGCUACAGAGCCCAAGGACGAAAUCCAGGAACAGGCAGACCGAUACUAUCGAGAAGCAGAGCUAGCUAGGAAGAAGGCAUCUGAUGAGAUCCGGUCUCGUAGCCCGUCCCCCGAGGCUAAAGGAAACGAGCGUGAGCACGUCCGCGUUGUCACACCGCCCGGGUACCGGGAACGUACGAAAGGGCUUUUUGACGGACCAAAUGCUGAUGUGUUGAUUGACCACAUGUUCUUUCCACAAGAAUCAGAACGGUUCCGCACAGAGCGCAGAUUGGAUGGCAGCUUUGCUUCAGCGAGAGACCCCUCUGCUGAAGGAGAGCGACCUGUUCUGAACCUCACAUACCCUACCCCCGAGUCAAGCCGCGCCCCCUCGAGUUCCCGUGAGCCUGUGUCUGCACCGGAGAAGGAACCAGAGUGGGACAAUGUCCGAGAUAUUGAGCCCGAGGCUGAUAAGCGCCGAGAUGUCCAUGAUGACUCGUCUAGAUCUGACGUUGGUACUCGGCGUAGUAAUGAUGAGAGAGACGACACCACCUCGAGACAUGUAGUCGGAGCGGGCUCCUAUGACCAGGUGUCAGUAGCGCCCCCCAAGUCAGUGAAAUGGGGAGAAAAUGAGACCAAGAGCUACGAAGUCAUCACUCCCGAGGCAAGAGAUGAUGUCGAACAUGACUUCAGUCGCUCUCAAUCUGACGACAAGCCACGCCCUCGCCUAGAGAAGGGCAGUCAGUGGGGUAUGAUGGCUGCUGCAUUGGCCGCCGGUGCCGCCGGUGCCGCUGGAACCUUUGCCGGUUCAAUCAUUGGAUCAAAAUCUCGAGAGGAUGACGAUGCAGGCCCAUCGCGAUCCCUUGAAAAGCAGUCAACGGACUCUAGCUUUGACAAGUUGGAUGAUCUGAUGGCUGCCCCUCCCAUCCCGGGACCCAAGCCUGCAAGCCCUAAGCCCGAGCAUAUGCCUGGUGGUUAUGCGGACGAUAUCGAAUUCGCUGCAACCCUGGCAGCGGGUCUGAAGCACACUGGCUUUGAUGCCAACAUUGUGAUUGAUGACCCCACGUAUCAUCGAAGAGACUCACCCCCUGGUUCGAAUGAACUGAACGGCAAGCACUACUAUCCCCCUACAGUGGACUCUGUAUCAGAUUUGAGUCUCGGAGAGAAGCAUCGUGGCCCUGAGCCGGGCUUUGUUCUGGGUGAGGUUGAAACGCCCAAGGACGAAUCCCUGCCAUUCCAGGAUGCCGAAGAGUCUGAGGGGAGAAAGCUGAGCAAGAAGGAGAGGAAGAGACUUGCAAAGCUCGCAAAGGAGUCCUCUGAUGUUGUCGACGCACCACAUGUCUCAUACGAGCCGGAGUCCCAGUCAAGAGCCAUAUACGAGACCCCUGAACAAGCUGAGCCGGAGCCGAAGCUUAGCAAGAAGGAAAAGCGCAGGCGAGAGAAGGCUGCCAGAGAGGCCAUUCUGGAUGGGCAAGAUAGUGAUGGGCAGAUUUAUGCUGAGCCAGAACCCCUCGUUCGCUCUGAAGCAUCCUGGGAAAACUGGGAAGACACAUCGGAUCUGAAAUCACGAGUUUCGAGAGCUCGAGGCAUCGAUAGUUCCGAGCAUUCGCUCGUUUCGGCACCGAUCGGUUCAUCAUCAGAGGUGAAGCCAUCCAGGGCGAUCCACUCAGAUGACGAAUGGGAGUCCACCAAGAAGUCAAAGAAGAAAUCGAAACGUAGCUCAGGCUAUGACUCCCCUUCACGAGACAUACCCGUACGAUCGGCUACGACAUCGGAGGUCGGUGUCGAGGAUUCAGGGAAGAAGAGCAGGAAGUCGAAGCGAAGAAGCGGCACGGACGACGACUUUUAUCGAUAUGAUGACGAGCGACCGAGUCGAACCCGUGAUCUCUUCGAGGACCGCGAAGUGAAUUCGAUAGUUUCUGAGCCUCGCACUGAGGACAGACAGAGGAAGAGUCGUAGCAGCAAACCCGAUUAUCGUUAUGACGACGACGACACUAAGUCUGUUGCUUCCGCUCCUGGUUCAUCGCGGAAGAGCAGGGAGUCUGAGAAGACCAAGGAACCCGACAGGAGAUCAAGUGGAUUAUUUUCGAACAUAUUCAAGUCCAGCAAAGAUGGUGAAAAGCAGAAGAAGGAUUCUUUUUUAGGUAAUGCCGGCACUUUUGGCGCGGGUGUCGGCAUCCUGGGAAUUGGGGCAGCAGCUCUCACUCCUUUCAACGCCAACAAUGCUUUCUCGGAAAAGAAGACUGACCAUGAUGAUAUCUCUGAAUGGUCGCGUAAUGUCGAGAAUUAUGACCCCGACAUCGUGGCUCGUGCAAUAAAGCCGGCCAUUGAUCCCCAGUAUGGGGACUUUCUUCCACUCCCCCCAAGUGAGCCUGGUACGCCUGUGGGCACGCCAGAGGAACUUCCUACCUUACCGGACAGCCGGCCAGAUACCCCUCCAGAGGAGCGAGGAUUCAAGCGUGAGCGUCCAUUUCACAACCGACGACGAAGUGCCCAGGAGACGCCGUCCAAAAUUCCCAGCAAUACCGCCAUCCCCAUCCAACUACGAAUGGGAGGCCGAUCUGGGCCCUCUUCCCCUGCCCUCUUCAAAGCUUCACCCAUGAGCUCCCCCGUUGUUGGCAUGGCUGAAAGCCCAACCAGAUCCAGCCCAACGGUGGUGCGACGACCUACCUCAUGGGAUAGCAGCCGCGAGUUCAAGCCACUGUACUUGGUCGAGCACUCUCGCCAAAUUUCCAUCGACGCGCCCAUUUUGGAAGCUGAUCUCCCUGCUUUGCCUCCAAGCGAAUCAUCCUCUCGUGGAUCUCCUCCCGAAUCUGAAGGCUGGGAGUCUGCCCACGAAUAUGCACAGGCUAUGAAUGACCGAGGAUUCGACUACGGCCACUAUGGCGAUAACUCUGGAUUGCGACUUGAUACAUCUUUGCCUCUGCUGCAGCCUAGCCACGACGAGACUGGCUCUCAAGAAAGUACACCCAAGGCUGAAACGAGGCCAGAGUUUCCAGAUAUGUCAUCGCUUCCACGAGCUCUUGACUAUGGCGAGCCGAGUACCCUGGCUGGCUCAACUGAGGAGCAUCAACCGGAGCCUGAGCCAGUUGAAUCCACGUCAAGAGAUAGAAGUUCAUACCUGCUGCAGUCUGCCCCCUCGUCUGUGAAGUCAGUUCGGUCUAUUCGCGGAGAUUUCGACGACUACAGGUUGCCUGAGGUUUCCACCUCUCCCACCAGGGCGUACGGUGCAGAGGAACCGACCGUGGUAGACUACAAGGAUGAACUGGCCUCUGUUGGCGACCAUUUCUCUGAUGCUCAUGAGAUUAGCAGUGUCAGAUCCGUUGAGCUAAUUUCUGAUGCUGUUAAGGGCAAGGGUAAGAGUGUAGAGUUUUUCGAACCUCGGGUUGCUGAAGAUGUCCCUACCUCUAGAGAUGUGCCUGCCAUUGAACAGGCUCCUGCCACUGAAGAUGCUUCCGUCAUUGAAAGGACUGUUUUCCCUGAGGAGAUCUCUUCUGUUGGAAAGGCGCCUGCUACUGAAGAUGUCUCUGUGAUUGGAACGACUCCUAUUGUCGAAGAGGUCUCGUCUUCCGAAAAGACUCCUGCCACUGAGGAAAUCUCUUCUCUUGAAAAGGCCCCUGCCACUGGAGAUGUCCCUGUCGUUGAAGCGACCCCGAUUGUUGAAGAGGUCUUACCUGCCGAAAAGACUCCUGCGGCUGAAGAUGUCUCUGUUCUUGAAAUGACUCCUGUCGUCGAAGAGGUUUCGUCUGCUCAAAAGGCUCCUGCUACUGAAGAUGUCUCUGUCAUUGAAACGACUCCUAUUGUUGAAGAGGUCGCGUCUGCCGAAAAGACUCCUGCCACUGAGGAAAUCUCUUCUACUGAGAAGACUCCUGUUGUCGAAACGGUACCUGCUACUGAGGUUGUUUCUGUUAUCGAAAGCACCCCGACUCUUGAAGAGACCCCUGCCGUCGAUAAUCCUGUCAUUAAGGAAAUCUCUUCUAUCGAAAAGAACCCUGCCACCGAAGAGACUUCUGUCGAAAAGGCUGCACUCACUGGGGAGACACCUAUUACUAAAGAGGUCCCUGGUACUGGGGAGGAAGAGCCUACUGCUGAGGAAUUAAGCAAAAUGUCAGCAAAGGAUAGGAAGAAGGCCAAGAGAGCAGCCAAGAAGAGAGCUGAGGCGCUGGCUCUUGGCGCUACCGAAGACGUUUCUGCCGCUGAAAAGGCCCCUACCGCCGAAGUUGUCUCUGUUGUUGAAAGCACUCCAGCAAUUGAAGAGGUCCCUGCCGUCGAAAAGGCACCUGCCACCGAAGAUGUUUCUGCCGCUGAAAAGGCACCUGUCACUAAAGAAAUCUCUUCUUCCGAAAAGGCCCCUGGUGCCGAAGAGAUUUCUUCUCUCGAAAAGGCACCUCUCACUGAGGAGACACCUAUUGUUGAAGAGGUUCCUGGCACCGGGGAGGGAGAGCCUACUGCUGAGGAAUUGAGCAAUAUGUCAGCAAAGGAUAGGAAGAAGGCUAAGAGAGCGGCCAAGAAGAGAGCCGAGGCGCUGGCUCUUGGCCUUGCUGCUGGUGUAGCCGUCGGUGUUGCUGCCAAUACUUCGAAAUCGACUGAGUCCGAAACGCCUGCGCCUACAGAGGAGGAGACUUCUGCCCUUGAACAGGCACCUGCCAAUGACAAGGCCAUUACCACAGAAGAGAUUCCUCCAGUAGAAAAUGUCCCUACUGCAGAUGAAGUUUCUACAACAGAGAAGGCCCUUGUUGCGGAUCAGACCCCAACAGCAGAAAAUCCCCCCAGCACAGAAGAGAUUUCUCCUGUAGAAAAUGCCCCUACUGCAGAUGAAGCUUCGACCACAGAAAAGGCCCUUAUUGCGGAUGAGGCCCCAACAGCAGAGAAUCUCCCCACCACUGAGGAGAUCCCUCUGGUAGAAAAUGCACCUAUUGAGGAUGAGGCCCUGACUACAGGAAAGGCCGUGCUUGCGGACGAGACCCCAACAGCAGAAAAUGUCCUCACCACGGAGGAGAAGCCUUUGGUAGAAGAGGUUCCUACUGCAGAUGACGCUCCGAUCACAGAAAAGGCCCUUGUCGCUGAAGAUGCUCUUACGCCGGAAAAUCUUAUCACAGGGGAGGUUCCUACGAUAGAGAACUUUCCUCCUGCCGAUGAAGUUGUUCUCACAGAAGAGGCCCCUACUGCAGAACAGGUUCUUGCCGUAGAGGAGGCUCCUAGCACAGAACAUGCCCCUCUUAUAGACGAGACCCCGGUCGCAGAAGAGACCUUGGCUCCAGAGGGUGCUCCUCCCAUUGAAGUACCUAUCACAGAGGAUACUUCAAUCGUCAAGGAGCUUCCUGCUACCGAGGAAGCCCCUACGAUAGAGGAGGCUCUUGCUACUGAGAAAGCCCCUAGUAAGGAGGAAGCCCCUACUACAGCGGAAAUUCCCGUCUCUAAAGAGGCCCAAGUUGCCGAGGAAGAGCCCACUGCUGAGCAACUGAGCAAAAUGUCAAACAAAGAACGGAAGGCGGCGAGGAAGAAGGCGGCAGCCAAGAAGAGGGCAGCCGAGGCCUUAGCCCAAGAGGCAGCCGGUACAACCACCGAAGCCCCUGAGGCUCAAACGCCUGUUCUUACAGAGGAAGUCUCCACCACUAAGGACGCUCCAACCUCAGAGGAGGGUGCUCUUGCUACGGGCGUCUCUGCGACCGCCGAGGCCCCUGCCUCGGAGGAGCCUGCUAUUCCCAAAGAGGCUCCUACCACCGAGGAGCCCCCUACUACAGAGGGAGUCAUUACUUCUAAGGAGAUUCCUACUACUACAGAGGAUUCAGUUCCCGAAGAGGUUGCCAUUUCUAAAGAGGUUUCUACUGCUACGGAGGUUCCACUUCCAGAAGAGACUGUUAUAUCUAAGGAGAUUACUGGUACUGCGGAGGCCCCGGUUCCAGAUGAGGUUUCUACGGCUAAGGAAGUUCUUCCUGUAGAAGAUGCUCCGGCUUCAGAAGGGGCCACAAUUCCUCAGGACAUUUCUAUCACCCCGGAUGCUUCUGUCGCUAAGGAAGGCCUUGUUUUAGACGACGCAGCUACUUCCAAAGAGAUCUCUGCCUUGGAAGAGACUCCUGUUGAAGCGGAGGAUCCUGCUGUGCAGGCUGCCCGUGCUGCAAGAGAAGCAGAAAUUGCAGCAGAGGAAGCAGAACUUGCUGCUCUAGAGCGCAAGAAGUCAAAGAAGACGGGCAGACAUAUCGUGAAGAAGGAUAGGGAGCGCUAUGCAGUCUUAAUCGCAAACGUAGAACAGCGCGCCGCAGAGCAAGCAGCACGUGAGGCUUCCACCGCCGAAGUGACCCCUCCUACAGAAGAAAAUGCAGAAGAGACACCAAACCCCAUCGAGGCCCCUGCCACCGAGGAGACUGUUGAAGAAGCACCCGUCGCUCAAGAACACUCUGUCACGGAGACUGCUACAGAGACCUCCGUCGCUCAAGAUAUCCCUGCCACAGAGACUACAGAGGAAGCCCCUGUCGUUAAAGACGUCUCUGUCACGGAUGGGACUACUGAAGAGACUGCAGCCUCCAAAGAGGAAACUGCUACAGAGGCAACUGUUGAAGAGACCCCUAUUGCAGAAGAAAUCCUUGUCCCCAAGGAGACCCCUAUCGUCGAGGAGGCUUCUUCAGCAGAGCAAGCCACUGAAGAGACUUCCGUCCCCGCAGAUGUCUCUACCCCAGAGAAGACGGCCGAGGAGACACUCAUCGCUAACGAUGUCCCUGCCGCAGAGACUACUGAAGAGACCCCCGUCGUUGAAGAGAUCCUAGUCAUGGACGAGACUGCUGCGGAGGCUCCGGCCCCCAAAGAGGCAACUGCUAUAGAACAGCCUUCUGAAGAGCCCCCCGCCAUCACAGAGGCCCCUGCCACAGACGAGACAAUUGAAGCGAUUCCCGUUUCCAAAGAAGCCUCUCACACCGAGGAGAUCUCUGCUCCGGAAGAGCCUCCUGUUGCUAAAGAGGCUCCCCUUGUAGAAGAGGACCCUGCUAUCGAGGCUGCUCGUGCUGCAAGAGAAGCAGAAAUUGUAGCAGAGGAACAUGAGCUUGCUGCCCUGGAGUUUAAAAAGUUAAAGAGGGAAAAAGAGGCUAGAGAAGCAGAAGAGCGAGCAGCCCGUGAAGCUCCCAUCGAAAAAGACAUUCCAGCUGUCGAAGAGGCUCCUGUCGAAGAGGCUCCUGUCGAAGAAGCUCCUGUCGAAGAGGCCCCGAUCACUAAAGGUAUCCCUACUACAGAAGAAUCUACUUUCCAAACGCCGCCCAUUACCAAUGAGGGUCCGACUACAGAGGAGGUGCCUGCUGCUAAAACAGAUGACAUUUCUACCUCGAAGGAGGUUCCUGUUGUUGAGGAAGAACCGACUGCUGAGGAAUUAAGCAAAAUGUCAGCCAAGGACAGGAAGAAGGCUAAGAGAGCGGCUAAGAAGAGAGCCGAUGCGCUGGCUUCAGAGACAGCGGCUGACUCACCAAUACCUGCCUCAGCAGAGGAAACAAUCACUGCGACAGUCGCUGAGGACGCCGAGAAGCCAUUUGUUCGAGAGUCAGAGUCGGGUGGGGAUGUUCCAGUGCAGCCUGAGCCUCAGGCUUCAGCGGAAGGUGUAGCCGGAGAUGAAAAACCUACUGAGGAUAAGCUCGCCGAAGACAAGCCCGCUGAGGAUAAGCCUGCUGAGGGUAUGCCAGCCGAGGAUAAGCCAGCCCAAGACAAGCCUUCUGAGGAUAAGCCAGCUGAAGACAAGCCCGCUGAGGAUAUGCCAGACGAGGAUAAGUCAACCAAAGACAAACCUGCUGAUGAGCUCUCAACCGCCCUGCCAGAGGCCGUUGCCGAUGCAGAGCAGCUCAAAGUGGAGACUGACAUCAAGCCUGAUCCCUUGAAUGAUGCACCAUCGGAAACUGCACCAGUGGAGGAGACUGCCACCACCAAGACUACUCUAGAACCUGAAGCAGCAGAAGAUGAGCUGGCUGAACCAAGAGCUGAAUCUCAACCCGAGCCCGUUGACCUAGAGACCACACCGAAGAAGUCAAAGAAGAAAAAGAAGAAGGGCAAAGGAGGAGCACAGGGCGUUGAGGAAUCUCAACCUGAGGUUCCGCAGACUGAAGAGACUUCUAAACCUGAAGAGAAACCCAGCGAUCUCUCUGAACCAGCUACUGAGUCAGCAUUUGUGCCAGCUGCUGAAUCUACAGAGGCAAAAUCAGAGCAAGCCGUUGAAACUACGCUGGAGCGAGCCACUGAGCCUGUUGCUGAGACCACGUCGGAGGCACCUGCCAAGGAUACUGCCAUUGAGUCAACCGUUGAAGACCGUGGAGAUGUUGCAGCUAUAGCACAGUCAAUUGAAGCCGACACCUCGAACGAUGCCGCGCCCGACACUGCGCUUUCUACCCAAGAAGAACCAACUGCUGACGAUUUGAGUAAAAUGUCGGCGAAGGAGAGAAAGAAGGCUAAGAAGGCGGCGAAAAAGAAGGGCCAGCUUUCUGAGGACGCAUCCUCUAAAGCGGAACAAGAACUCAAAGAAGAGCCCAAGGAGGAACUCAAGGAACUAUCCAAAGAGGGAAACAAGGAGGAAACCAAGGAGGAAGCCAAGGCAGAAUCUAAGGAGGAAUCCAAGGAAGAAUCUAAGGAGGAAGCCAAGGCCGAAUCUAAGGAGGAAUCUAAGGAGGAACUCAAGGAGGAAGUCUUGGAGGAACCAAGGGCUUUGGCCGACGAGAACCGCGCUAGCUCUACAGAGGUCCACGAACACGACACCACCCAAGAAGCCCCUGGGGAUGACCUUGCUAUUAUUGAGCAAGUACGCGGCGAUGCUGAAUCUGGAGCUGUUCCAGAGGAGCCGUCUGUUUCCCAGGAUCCUGUCUCUCAGCCGGACGAGGACGUAACUUCUCCAUCGAAGAGUGAGAAGAAAAAGAAGCGCAAGUCCGUGCAACUCGAUGACACACCUAAAGUUUCUGGCGAGACCGCGGGUGAUCUAGAGUCCAAGAUAGAAAAAACUGAAGACCAGCCAGAGAGGCAGGAAGAGUCUAAGGUCGAGGACCUGACUACAGCGGAACCUCAGACAAUUACCGAGACGCAGCAGCUUUCUGAGGAACCCAUCGGUGAUGGCAAUUCCACGCUCGAUACCAAUCAAGUUGCUGUCGCUACCGAGGCAGAUAAGAAAGCAUCUGAACCUACCGAUGAUUCGACGCCAAGCCAGGACCUGAUUUCAGAGCCAUUGUUCUCCCAGAAUGAAAGACAGGUAGAAGCCACAGAAGAGCCUUCUUCAACAGAACCUACCCAAUCCACUGCGCCCGUUUUAGAAGAACCGGAAGAAACUACAGGCUCUAAAAAGAAAAAGAACAAGAAAAAGAAGAGCAAGCAGGCAGCCGCAGAACUUGAUGUAUCGGAGACACCUACGCUGGAUAUUACUUCGAUUCCAGGAGACCAAGAGCAGCCCAGCGGCGAUAAAGAGACCCCUAGUGCCGCUGCCAUCUCAUCGCCAAAGCCGGCUCCCAAGGCUGAGGCUGACGAUAACGCCAAGGAACAAAAGCCCAAAGACGAUACAGCAGGAUCAGGCUGGGGUUUUCUAAGUAAUUUCUUUGGAAGGAAAGCCUCAGAUCAGGAACCUCAAGAUGUGCCCAGAGAGACCAAAACCGACACUCAAGACAGCAAGGCAGACGGACUAGGCGCGAGUAAUGUUCCUGAAGUCUCGAGAGAAACCGAUGUGAAGACAGAGAAAUCUAAAUCCGGCGACUUUGGCUCAGUCGACACUCCCGACGCUGGUAAAGAAGAAUCCAAGGCUGAAGCGCCAGGCUCUAGUGAGAUUCCUAUCAGUGGAGAGGUCACUGCCGGCAUAGAGGAGUCUAAAGAGGAAACUCCCAUUGCAGAGGCACAAGACAAACUGCCUGGAGAUGAACCCCUUAGUCCAACCAGCAAGAAGGCCAAGAAGAAGGCCAAAAAGCAGCAGGCCAGGCUAAGCUUAGGCAGCACUCCAGAGACGCCACCAGAAAAAACUCAAGAUAUUUCACCGGAUCCUGCAGAAGAAGCGGUAAAGGUGGUGGAACAACCCGAAGCUGUGGAGCAGAAUGUGAAAGACGAACAAACCAUCCCCGAAACAACUGAAAUCUCUACCAUUGAACCUGAGGUAGUGGCUGAAUUUGGCGAGGCUCAGCCCGAGGAAGCUUCAAACGAACCUUCUACAGAUCCCAAGUUGGAUGCCGAAGUACCUGCUCCUGAGCAGGAGGCCGAAGCCGAGAUAUCGAAGAAGAGCAAGAAAAAGAAGAAGAAGAAGGGCGGUGCGGAUUCCCCGGUUCAAUUGCCCAACACAGAUGCUGAUUUGCCGGAUUCUUCCCUUCAGGAAACCGAUAGGACCCCGGACACUGGCCGAAUCCAGGAUAGCGGAACCGAAAACGUCGUCGACCAUGGCGCAGAGAAACCCUCGAGCUUUGUUAUUCCCGCCGAGGAAGUCUCGACCGGCCUGGAGUCUGAAGCACAAGACGACAGGGGUGGGUUCAAUUCCAAGAAUUCCGAAACGGAUGAGCAGAAUAAGAAAGCUAAAGAAAUCGAGUCUGAGGAAACACAGGACCCCGAAUCGACCGCCCCAUCGGAACCGGACGCGAAAACAUCUCGACCGCAAGAUGACGCAUACCGGGUAAUAGAACCUUCUUUAACAAUCCCCUCGGACGCCGUAUCGGCCCCCUCCCAAGUUUCCAACCUAAAUCCUGUUGAAGAGAGUACCGGGGCUGCUGGGUUGUCUAAAAAAGAGAAGAAGAGAUUGAAACAGUUGAAGGACAAGGAAAUGGCAUCUGGCAUUUUUGACGAGGGAAAUUCCAAUGAAGACAGCCAAGUUGGCGAACCUUCCUCUGUAUCUGAAGCGAAAAGAAAUGAAACGGUUAUGAAUGAUGAAUCGUCAAAAGGAGACGAGACAAUAUCAAAGUCCGCCACAUUUGACCUUGGCGAUAAUUCUUCGCCUGUUGAAGAGCUUGAGCCUACAACUUUUGGUGAUAUGCCCGUUGGAGAGCAGGACACUGGACUUCCCAGUACUUCUCAACAAGAUGUCUUGAGCGACGGGCCUCCUAAGGAGGCUGCUCAUGCUACCGAUGAGAGCCAGUCUCCUAUGGAUUUCGAAACUUCAGAGGCUGGAGCGAGGGCUGCCGGCCCCCAAGCUCAAGAAAAGAUCUUGCAUGCCUAUCAAGAACCGGGGGACGAUGUGUCUAUAACACAGCCGGAACCCCAGCUUGAUGCUGACCCUGAAGCCAACCCACAGCUUAUCGUAGAGGAACUUCCUGAGAGGGAUUUGUCACCCAUUGAUGCGGCUGUUGCAGUUGAGGAAGGAGCUCUCGAGGAUCUGGACAAACCUCUUAGUAAGAAGGAAAAAAAGAAUAGGAAGAAAGCUCAAGCCGCAGCGCUGGCAGUAGCAACAGCAGCAGGAGUAGCGGCGUUUACACCUUCGGAUUCAGGAGCCCCCGAUGCGCCAGAAGCACAACAUGAGGUAGAAGAGGGCCCCAAGGAACUCCACGACCCAACUUCAUUGAAACAGUCUACCCCAGGUUCUCUCAACAUUCCUAUCGAGACUGAGAGUCCAGCUUCUCCUUCACAGCCUGAAAUGUCACAAUCUGAGGAGGCACCUCCGACCACCACUGAAAUCGAGCCUGCAGUCGCAGUUGAGCCAGCAAUCGAAGGGGAGCCGAGCGCUGAGUCCAAGAAGAGCAAGAAGAAGAAAAAGCAGAAGAAAUCCCAAGAGUCUGCCUUGGACACUGAAAGUCAAGCGAUAAUCUCUACGGAUGCUGAAGGACUCCUCAAGAAGGCUUAUGCGCUACCUGAAGAGGAAGUAACUCGCUCUGCGGAGCCUAUAACUACACCCUUUUUAGAUUCUACAAUAGUUGAGCAAGUGGAGGAACACCGAAAAGUGGAUAAAUCUGGUGAUAAUGAAGCCUCUGCGGGCUCUGGUUCUACAAGAGAGCUUCCUCUGACGGACCAGACUUCUACGGAUGUAACUGGCGCUGGUUCUGGGAUAAACGAGGGUGCUGAAGCUGUCAAGGAACUUCUCACAGCAACAGAGGAAUCGACCCAACCGCCCCAAGAGCCUGUCGGAGGAUCGGAAGCUCUUGAAAAUGUCAAGGAACGAGCAGAGGCAUUGAAGGGCCCCUCAAUGAGCGAAGACGAUUCCACUACCGAGCCGACCAACCAGCCUUCGAAGGUGGGAGGCGACACACUCAUAGAUGCGGAAAAAGACGCAGGGCUACACAGUGGUUCUGAUGUCAAGGAGCUACCCACCGAAUUGGAGCAUAGCUCCGACAAGCCACCUCCAUUGGAAUCUACAGCGACUACGGAUGCUACUGUUGAAAGCCUACAAGCAGAUGGCUCUGCAUUUACCCUCGAGGAUGAGAUUCCAAAGGAAGACAGUUCAGCUUCGGAGCCUCAGACUAUCAUUGAGCCAGAACAGGUUGUGGUACCACAACAUGAGGCCAGGCCCGAGGAGAAAGCCUCGGAAGACUCACCUCGUGAAUUGGCAUACGAUUCUCCAGCCGAUGCACCACAGGCCACGGAAAUGAGAAAAAUUGAUGAAAGCACAACGUUGGCUUCCAAAGAUUCCUCACUUGGCCAGGCUGUAGAAACGCAAGACCUCCCAAACCUUUCAGGCCUGUCCAAGAAGGAAAAGAAGAAAAAGAAGAAGGAGGCCAAAGCCAAGGCGUUGGUUGCUGAAUCUGUUUCUGACCCCGUACCCGAGCCUACCGCAGAGCCUGCCACUGAGCCUGGGCCUACGUUGGCAUUGGAGAAUGAAACUGGAGAAACCUUACCUGAAGCUCAGCCUUCCGCCGAAGUGGUGAAAUUGGUAGAGGAAAACACGCUCGACUUGCGACUGGUAACAGAGAAAGAUGACAACGUCAGCGAGCAAAGCUCACCAAAAGCUAUGGGAGAGAUCGAGGUGAGGGUGCCUGAGAUCGAAGUGCAAAAAGAAAUUGAGGCUAUCAAAGCCUCUGAAUCCAUUGAUGUCGCCGAGAAUAAGGGUCUUUCCAAAAAAGAGAGGAGAAGAAAGAAGAAAGAAGAGCAAUCAAAGGUUGCUGCCUUCGGUGAAGAACAGACCACAGAAAGAUCAAUGGAUUUAGAGGAGGUAAUUGAAUCUGCUGGUGGCCAAUCCGGUGCUACCGCUCAAUCAGGUGCCAAUGAAGAGCGUCAAGAUCCAGGUUCCUCACCAGGAGAUCCCAUGGAUAGUAUGCCUGUCCAAUCUGCACCAAUUCUCUGGUCCAACGAAAAGGAUGACGAGGCACCCGAGGCCGCUGGCAAAAUGGGCGACAAUUCGAGAGUUUUCGGCAGUAAGGAGCUCAGCGAACAGUUGCUAGCUCCCGCCAAAGAUAUCGAAACUACCGAUGAGUCAAGUCUCGUUUUUCAAGACACGCCAUCCGGAGUUGUAGAGACUCGCGAAAUUCCCUCGACCAGUCAAGAAGACGUCCAAGAAGAGGAGAAAGAGUCGGCUGACGACCGGGACAAGCUGGGAGGUUUAAGUACUGAGGUUCCAAGCCAACAAACCCCGGAGGAGGUGCCCAAGACUGUCGACACCGACAUGUCAGAUGCAGCCGAGCCCAACAUUUUUCCAGAGUUGGAAGUGCCAGUUGUACAAGACUCCGCACUGGCUACCAGGGAUCAAGCGCCUAAUGCAGCUUCACCGCCUGUGGGUCCAGAAUCUCGCAUGCAAGAAGACCACGAUGACAAAACUUCUUCGUCUAUGACAGGGUUGUCAAGCAAGGAAAAGAAGAAGCUGAGGAAGAAGGCCAAGACGUUGGGCUUGCCUGAUCCAUUUUUAGAAGCCCCAGAAUCUCAGAAAGAAACCUCCACAGUCCUGGGCACCCAGGCUUCUGAGCUUGAGACAGGACCAGACUUGGAAGCCAGCGAAGCUCCCGAGUCAGAGGCUUCGAGAGAAGUGCAGGAUCAGACAGAAAGCAGCCGACUAGAUGCUACCCUGACAUCCGAGCCAAUCCCGGAAGAGCCGGAGGACCGUCCAGCCGGAAGUCCGGACGUUGUAGAAAAUGAUGCCCCUGUGCAGAUCGGACCGCCGGAGCAGUCGUUCCCGCCUUUAGUUGAUGCGACUGGACAAGUCGAACGCCAGGGACCUGAUUGGGCUGCGAACCCAACAUUAACCGAUGAGCAGCAGGCAGUUAAGGUUGAGACUGUUUUGAAUGACCCUACCCCCGAGGUAGUACAGGCCAGUGAUGCAGAUGAAAAAGCUGAGCCUCUCGAACCAACUCCAACUGCGCCUCCAGGGGAUGAAGAAAAGCAAGAGUCUGCGCAAGACGAAUCAGUGGCCGAUUCAGCGAGUGAUGCUAAGCAGCUGGACUCGAACAUAGAUCCGUCUCCAGAGACACCCACGGCGCCUGUCUACCAGAAACAACCGCAAGGAGACCGUGAACCGGAGUUAGCAGAGCCGCCGAAGAAGUUGUCGAAGAAGGAAAAAAGAGAGUUAAAAAAACAGGCACUUCUGGCUAGUGCAGGAGCCGCUGAGGCUACUCCCGACCCUCCCAUUGUUGAAUCCCAACCGACCCUUGAACCCUCGAUCGAGCCCAAUGUUGAGAAUCAACCUCCUGCCAACUAUGGACAAGUGGUCGAGGAUGCACCUCGCUUAGAGGAAGACCCUGAGGCUCUACCUCCAGCUAAAAAGUCUAAGAAGGAUAAGAAGAAAGGAAAGAAAUCCGCUCUCACGGCAGCGGCAGUGGCGGCAGGCACUAUGGUCACUUCCCAGUCACAAGACACAGCACCUCAGGAGACACUAGACAUCCGUGCCGAUAAUGAACGGUCCCUUGGUGCGGAAGCUGCGCCUGCUAUCGAUGAGCCUAUGCCAGAUGUCCCCGCCGGUGUACCUGCUGGCGAAUCCUCUCGGGAAACUACGCCUUCUGGUGCCACUCGACAAAUGCCCAAUGAGUCAACUUUGGAGCAGAAUGACGAACAUGGUGGAGAGGAGGCUCAAGGCUCCAAAGAAUUCCACGAUAUUGGUGUUGCUGAAGCAUUCAAUGUUCAAGCCACCCAAACUGAUGCAGCCGUUGACACUUUAGACGUUCAGCCCAGUGAGGCCCUUCGGAGCGAGCCUGAGCUACAAGAUGUGAGAGAAUCUGAUUAUCACCCUCACCUCGAAGAGCAGUCUCGUGAAGUUGGCGAUCUGUCAAAAGCGUCAAAGCCUCACAUUGAGUCAUCAGGUGACCAUCUCCAGGGCCAGCCCGAUGUUGAGACGUUAAGAGGUACUUUCCCCACCAUUGACAAGGCUCUGGGAGAAGUGGAUGUUAUGGAAGGAAUAGAAUCAACUAGGGAGUUUCUUGACCUAGAGAUGGCUCCCCAACCGGCGGCGACGCUUGAAGAUACUAUGGAGCUCAGCCUGCCUCAGCCUCAGCUUGAUAUCGACGUUGAACCAGUUCUUGCAGAAUCUCACGAAGCUCCAAGGAAUGUCGAGGAACCGACAGUCAGCAAUGUGGAUACUCAGCAAACAAAAUCAAUACAACCUGUUGAUGCUCUAGAACGGGAUGGUGGCGUCUUGGAGGAAGCAGUGGGGGAAGUACCGCAAAGGCUUGGGGAGGAAACUGAAUCGGCAAAAUCCAAUAAGAGGAAGCAAAAGAAGGACAAGGGCAAAGACAAACAGGCGUUGACUCCAACUUUCGAGAUGUCGAUGCCAGACCCUGCAACUCCAGUCAAAACGACGGUCCCGGAUCAGACAGAAGAGCCUUUGCGAGUAGAGGAUAAGGCAUCGAUGGAGGUUGAUAUAUCAAAACCUCUGGAAGAUGUUGCUUUGAAAGGGCUACCUUCAGCAGGGGCUGUUUCACAAGAUAUCACCCCUGUUCAUAUGGCUGUGCCUGAGGAUGUCCGUGGGACGACCUUCCCUGACCAGUCAGCAACUUCUGAAAGGGAUAUCUUGGAUGCUGACAUCUACCGCAAGACGCCAUCUCCACAGAGAACUCCCAAGUCCCCAACAAAGCCUCUUUCUGAUUUGCCUGAAGCAACCUCGCCAACAAGAGGUCCCGAGCAACCUCCAAACACUGAAACGAAGGAAGAAGGCCUGGAGAAGACUUUAGCUUCUGCUGCUUCUGCGGCGGCGGCCGCAACCGCAAGUGGCUUUUCAUUUUUGGCUGGACGAUUCGGCGGAUGGGGCAAUCAAAAGAAGGACGAGAAACCCGAGGUAGUGGAUAAGAGGACUUCACGGGAGAAGAAUGUUGUUGAACAUGACGAUCAUUCCUCCUCGAAGGGUGUUGAGAAAAAAAAGGUCCGAGAACAAGAUGAUGGUAAAAAGACUGGUGACCAUUCGAGUCGAAAACCUACAGAGGCCAAAGACUCACUGAUAGAGAAAUUUUCGCUUGCCGCGAAAGAAAGCGACGAUUUCUGGAAGAGCCACGACGACCAUGUUAUUGUCAAGGGCAAGGGAAAAGCAAAGUUGGAGACCUCGAUUCCAAGAGACAUCGAUGAUUCCAAGUUGACGAAGAGUGGUUCUAAAGGAAAGGCAAUUGAGAAGGAAGGUGUCAAAGAAAAACCUCCUUCGAGCCGUAGGGACACAGCCGGACUUCUACGACGUGAACCUGAUACAAAACAGCCUGCCGGUAAACUCUUUGAAGAAGACACACAUGCAUCAUCGACGUUAGGACGAGGAUUCGGUUCUACUUUUGUUGAUACCAGGGCAUCCCCUACUCAUUCAUUACCUGUUGUGCAGGAGGUGCCAGAGGUAGAGAUGGAGACGAGAAGAAAGGCCCCCAGAACACCGGUGGCCAACCGCGAUAGUGGGUAUGGGGCCGAGGUAGAGACAACACCGGAGCCCCGGCAUCGAAGCCACAUGCUGGCUGAUGAAAAGCAGAGAGACAGUGGUGUCCAUACUGAUGAAAGCGAAGCCCCUAAGAUAUCGCGGGCCGCUACGAUGACUCCUGAUACCGGGAGGAGGAAGCUGGGACGGCCAUCUUAUGGCACCCCUGUACUGGAGGAGCCCGUGACUACGAGGGUGACUCCAGAUCCGGAGAAGAAGAGGGCCAGGGCCGAGCCGGUAACACCACUGGAGAAGGGCGAGCCUUCACCGCUACGAUUACAAAAGAUGAGAUCAGGUCCUUCAUUACGACCGAGCUCGAGUCGGCGAAGGCUCGGUGAAGCUGUUGGCUCCUCAUCACCAUCAAUGCGAAAGUUAGACUCCCGAGACCUGCGUUCACCUUCACCGGCGAGCGCACUGAAAUCGCCUUCGCCCAGCUCGCCCCCAUCCCUGCUCCCCGCGGCCGGGGUGGCAGCAGCAGCAGCACUAGGCGUUGGCGCCAUGGCGGGAGCGUUGAGAAGCACAGGGUCGCCCGACGAGGCGAUGAGGGGCCGACGCAGCGUGUCAGACAACAGCAGCUAUCAAAGGCGAGCGACGGCGCAGCGAGAGUCGCCCCAGAGUGCUGGCUCGGCCGAGAGCGGACCACGGAGAUCGGCGUCCAACACCAGCCUCCUGCGAAAACACACGCCUGAGCCACUCAAGUUUCGGCCUGAAACCCCAGGCAUCCAGGGCGUGCGGUCCACCCCCACUCCACCGCCGUCUCUUCGGCGAGUCGACAAGCGCGUGAGCGGUGACCUUCGCGCACUCCGCCAACAAAACAACUCGACUCCCGUCGCCAACGAGCGCCGUGUCCGCACCAAGGACAUGGGCGAUGUUUACGAUGGCGUUGGGGAGGGCCGCAUUGGCUCGCCUCGUUCGCCCACCCGGCCCCACAGCAUGCGUCGCCGCCAGAGCAUGCAGGUCCUCGAGCUUGAGUCCCGAGUUGAGCAAUUGAUUGCAGAGAACCGACAAUUGACAGAGGCCCGCGAGCAAGCCGAGCAGGGCCUCACAUACCGCAGCACCUCUGUCCUCGCCGAACGCGACGCCCAGAUCGAAUCUCUCAAACAGUCGCUGCAGUUUCUACAGAACGAGGUCUCGCGCCUGACCGAAGUCAACGAUGGCCUUACAAGUGCCAAUGCCGAGCUCGCUCACAAGGACAAGACACGCUACGCUGACCUCGAGGUUCGCCAUGCAGACGUCACCCGUGAGCUCGACCUGGCUCGCGGCUCCCAGAAUGCCUUCCAACAAACGAUCGAAGACAAGGAUGCGGAGAUCGCCGAUUUGCGUGCCCAGCUUGAAUCUGCCAAAGAACAAAUUCGCGAGAUGCAACGCCAGAUUCUCGAAUCCAAAUCUUCCGAUGCAGAGUUCCUGAAUCUUCGCGAUGAAGACCACUUUGACCAUCGCUGCCAACAGCUGUGCUCCCACGUCCAGCAAUGGGUUCUUCGCUUCUCUAAAUUUUCCGAUAUGCGAGCUUGUCGCCUGACGAGCGAAAUCAAUGAUGAGAAAACCAUUGAUCGACUUGACAAUGCUGUUCUCGAUGGCUCUGAUGUCGAUAGAUACCUCAGCGACCGAGUCAAACGACGAGACAUCUUCAUGUCCAUGACGAUGAACAUGGUGUGGGAAUUUGUCUUCACUCGAUACCUCUUCGGCAUGGAUCGAGAACAGCGACAAAAGCUCAAGUCUCUUGAAAAGAUGCUUACUGAUGUUGGCCCUCCGCAGGCCGUACGCCAAUGGCGUGCCGUUACUUUGACCCUACUGUCCAGGAGGGACACGUUCAAACACCAGCGGGACCAGGACACGGAAGCUGUGGUUCAGGCCAUCUUCCAGACUCUAAGCAGGAUUUUGCCACCUCCAGGCAACUUGGAAUCCCAGAUUCAGUCUCAGCUUCGUCGUGUCCUCCGAGAGGCAGUUGACCUGUCAAUCGAAAUGCGUACUCAGAAAGCUGAGUACAUGAUGCUGCCACCGCUGCAGCCUGAAUAUGAUGCGGACGGAGAAUUGUCCGCUACUGUUCAGUUUAAUGCCUCAAUGAUGAGCGACCGGAAUAGCAAAGGCCUCGCCAAUGACGAGCUGGAGGCCGAGGGGGCUAUUGUUCGAGUUGUUCUCUUCCCUCUUGUUGUCAAGAAGGGUGAUGAUGAAGGUGUUGGGGAUGAUGAGAUCGUUGUGUGCCCAGCCCAGGUGAUUGUGGCUGGCGAUAACAGACAUAACUUUGCUGGCUCAAGCGAGCUCGGAGGUGCAUCUCUUGGUGCACGCAGUCGCUUGAGUGUUGUCACCGAUAAAAGUUAA